AUGUCACUUGGGAAUGGUUCAAUUCGUAUGAUUGCGUUUUGUUCAAUGGAUUAUAGGUCACAGAUGCAGACAAUUAUAACAAAAGCGUGCAACGAGCUUGGUAUAAAACCCAUUCCCAGUAAACGGUGUCUCUCGUUACUUUUAUGGUUGGAAGAACGCUACGAGACUGUAUACACACGCCAUCCUGGUUUCCAGAAAGGAUCUAAGCCACUCCUUGCAGUAGAUAACCCAUUCCCAAUGGAACUUCCAGAAAAUCUUGUUGGGGAGAAAUGGGCCUUUGUCCAAUUGCCCUUUUCAGCUGUUCAAGAGGAAAUCUCAUCCUUGGACUCAAACCUCGUGUUUGGUGCGAGUCUAGAUUUGGAUUUGUUGGGGAUUGAAAUUGACGACAAGACAUUGAUUCCAGGAUUGGCUGUUGCAUCUUCACGUGCUAAACCUCUAGCGGUCUUGGAUGAAUGGGUUGGAAGUUUGUUCAAUUGA